CAACCGGCCCAUGUAUAUAAACGGCCGGACAGGAGCAUUGCAGGAGUGGGUGGCCGUUUAUUAACAUCCUACCCGCUUCCCUGCCUGUGCAUGCUGCCCGAUCGCUAUACGGGACCUGUGUGUGAGGUCCCUAUCAUGUGAUCACUGAUUGGCCAAUCAGUGAUCACAUGAAUAUUAUUAGUAAGCAAGAUGUCACUUCUGACAUCAUUGCUUACUACUAGGGAAAUCUGUGAAUGAUCACGGAGGUCACAUGGUACAAGGCUGUUGUGAAUAGCCUUUUACCAUGUGAUCUCUGUGAUCAAUCACAGAUUUCACUAGUAGUAAGCAAUGAUGUCAGAA